AUGGCUGUUACUGUGAACCUUUGUCAGCUUUUUGUUGAGGAAUAUACAGCAGUGAAAAGUAUUGGAGUGUUCAAACCAAAAUCUGAAGAGCCUUAUGGACAUCUAAAUCCAAAAUGGACCAAAUAUUUUCACAAAGUUUGUUGUCCUUGCUGCUUUGGCAGAGGCUGCCUCGUUCCAAAUCAGGGAUACCUCUCUGAAGCUGGUGCCUAUCUUGUGGAUGACAAGCUGGGGCUAGGAGUUGUACCUAAAACUAAGGUUGUCUGGCUUGUCAGUGAGACAUUUAAUUACAGCGCAAUAGAUCGUGCGAAGUCAAGAGGAAAAAAAUAUGCUUUAGAGAAAGUGCCAAAAGUUGCUAAAAAAUUUAAUCGAAUUGGACUACCUCCUAAGGUCGGCUCCUUCCAGCUGUUUGUUGAAGGGUAUAAGGAAGCUGACUACUGGCUCAGGAAGUUUGAAACUGAUCCUUUACCUGAGAACACAAGGAAAGAAUUUCAGUCACAGUUUGAAAGAUUGGUUAUCUUGGAUUAUGUUAUCAGAAACACAGACAGAGGUAACGAUAACUGGUUAGUCAGGUAUGAGAAAGAAGAUGGUGCACUUGAUCUGUCAGAUAAGGACAGCCAAUGGACUAUCACUAAAGAAUCUACUAUUAAAAUUGCUGCGAUUGACAAUGGUUUAGCAUUUCCUUUUAAGCAUCCUGAUGAGUGGAGGGCAUAUCCCUUUCACUGGGCUUGGCUUCCUCAAGCAAAAGUUCCUUUUUCUCAGGAGACCAGAGACCUAGUUCUUCCUCGCAUUUCUGAUAUGAACUUUGUACAGGAUCUUUGUGAAGAUCUUUAUGAACUAUUUAAGACUGAUAAAGGAUUUGACAAGGCUACUUUUGAAAACCAAAUGUCCGUAAUGAGGGGCCAGAUCCUAAACCUUACUCAGGCAUUAAAGGAUGGGAAAAGCCCCAUUCAGCUCGUUCAGAUGCCACGUGUGGUUGUGGAGCGAAGUAGCACUGGAAGUCAAGGCCGAAUUGUUCACCUGAGUAACGCGUUCACACAGACCUUUCAUAGCAGGAAGCCUUUCUUUUCCUCCUGGUAGCAACAAAAACACGUUGGGAAGAGUAAGUUUCUCUUAACUUUAGAAAGCUACUUCUGAGUAAAGGCUCUGCAAUAACGUCCUUCUGCUGUACACCAAGAGCUCUGACUGACGACACCUCAGAACUUAAAUUCUAAAGACUUAAGAAACGCAUUUUGAAUGUAAUACAAGUUUACAAUUUUUGUGUCAAAAUUGUGAAUUUAUAUGUCAGGGAAUGAGAGGAACUUGUCCAUACUGUAUUUUUAUAGGCUAAAUUAAUGUAUUCUGAAUAAUAUUCCAAAUAAGGGAACAUAUGGUUUGCAUAUGCUGAGAAACUACUUUUGAAUACAACAGGAAUUCUUUUUGUUUAAUAUAAAUGUGAGAACCUAUAUACUAUCAAUUUCUUUUUGUAUGGUGUUUAAAAAAAAAAAAGUGCUGAAUGUUAUCUUUGAUUGUGAAAAUGCUUUUCUUUGGAAUUUCUUCCUGAUAUUUUAAGCUGUUUAUAGAUUUUUGUAGGCUAGUUACUUGAAAAGUCAUGCACUAAAAAAAAUAAAAAUAAUCAUCAAUCUGUCCUUGACAAGCA